AUGGCAGUGCUGACCCAUCUCUCCGCCCAGGGGAAUACCACGCCGUCUGCCCCCAUGGGAUGGGACAAACCUCCUCCGGUCCCCAGGGCUCACCCAUGGGAUUGGCAGGUGCGGUACCAGCAGGAUGCCCCUGUGGCCCCCCGCUUCGACGUCAACGCGCCGGAUCUGUACAUCCCAGUCAUGGCCUUCAUCACGUACAUCCUGGUCGCCGGGUUAGCGCUGGGCACACAGAACAGGUUCUCACCUGACAGCCUGGGCUUGCAGGCCAGCUCUGCCCUGGCCUGGCUGAUCGUGGAGGUGCUGGCAAUCCUGCUGAGCCUCUACCUGGUCACCGUGAACACCGACCUCACCACCAUCGACCUCAUCGCCUUCUCUGGCUACAAAUACGUGGGGAUGAUCGUGGGCCUCGUGUCUGGGCUGCUCUUUGGGAAGACUGGCUACUACAUGGUGCUGAGCUGGUGCUGCAUUAGCAUCUUCGUCUUCAUGGUAAGGNNNGGGGGGCUGAGGAUCCUGUCGGGGGCAGCCGCCGAGGGGGUGCUGGUGCGGGGGGCCAAGAACCAGCUGCGCAUGUACCUUACCAUGGCCAUCGCUGCUGUGCAGCCGCUCUUCAUGUACUGGCUCACCUACCACCUCAUCAGGUGAUGGGGUGUCCCCCGGCCCCACCGCCUGCCCAGGGAGUGCUCCGACCCUGCUGCUUAAAUAGAUGCUGCCUGGGGACCUCA